AUGGCUAUCUUUAACAACUCUUUUUUGAGAUUAGGCCUAUUAAACAUUAGGUCUAUAAACACUGGACAAGAUGAACUAACAGCAACGCUUCUUAACUACUCGCCUGAUAUCGUAGCCCUCAACGAAACCUGGCUCAAACCGGGUGAGGAGGCUGCGGCACCCGCGAUCCCGAGUUACAAAUUCUUACACAAGGCAAGGCAAGGGAAAAAAGGUGGAGGUGUGGGCUUCUAUGUUCGACAAGGAAUCACUUCUAAGGUACAAAAACAUCCUACAUCUAAACUUGAACAAUUCUGGCUUGAAGUUCAAUUGCAGGGCUCCAGUUUGGCCGUUGGCACUGCCUAUAGACCGGAGUCGGUGGGAGUUCAAGACGCUCUAGACGCCCUCAGUGAGUCUAUCAACUCUUUGGCAAGAUGUGACCUUACAUGUAUUUUAGGCGAUAUUAAUAUAGACAUGGCAAAUCCGACAAAUCCAAAAGCGCAAGAACUUUUACACUUCUGCCAUCAGCAUAACCUCGAACAACUAGUUAAGGAACCCACGCGAAUCACGCAGCACUCAGGGACCAUUCUAGAUCUCGUUCUCACUGACAACGCGUCGAAGUGCCGAAAUGUGCAAAUUAUUCAUAACUACUGUCUAAGUGAUCAUGCUUUGGUUAUUGUAGACUUUGACAUAAGAAAGACCAAGUUUAAAAAAGAAAUUAAAUAUAGGCGCCCAUUACUACAUAUAAAUUUUGACUCUUUCAAUGCUGAUUUAAACCGCUUACCAUGGGACUCCAUCGGUGACCUGCAAGAUGUCAACCAAAUGGUCAAAACAUUUAAUAGUUAUAUGCUUCUACUGUUUGAUAUCCACGCUCCAAUUCGUAAAAUAAUCUGCGGGGUUAAGCCGAAGCCGUGGAUAACAAAUAUGAUAAGAUUCAUGAUGAGGCUGCGAGACCAAGCAUUACAGCGAGCACUAAAAGUGAAAAAAGAGAGCGCCAAAGACUACUAUCGUAAUCUUAGGAACUUAGUGACCGCCUCGAUAAACCGCGAGCGAAGAGCCUAUUUUAAUAGCUUCAUUAACAUCAACUUAAAGGACUCGGCUACGCUUUGGAGAAAUAUUAAAAAAAUUACCCAGGUAAACAGCACCAAGACCAGCACGAUUCCUGAUCAUUUAAGGGACCCAGAUAAAAUUAACGAUCAUUUCCUUAAUCUACCACCUUUUCCUGGGACAAUUCUCGACGCAAGAAGUAUGAACCUGAUUGAUGUAUCAGAACACGAUGAGUUAAACUUAAAGCCAGUCUCAGAGGAGGAAGUAAAAAAUACUAUCUACAAUAUAAAAACUAAGGCAGCGGGACACGAUGAUUUAAGCAUCGACAUGAUAAAGUUGACAUUGAAAGUCACACUACCUAUAAUAACUAAGAUGGUGAAUAAGUCUAUUGAAACCAGCACAUUCCCCUCUAGCUGGAAGAAAGCGCUAGUUAAACCUAUCCAAAAAAAAAGUACAGUGCUCGAGCUAAAAGAUCUACGCCCGAUUUCAAUUUUACCGGUAUUAUCGAAAGUACUAGAGAAAGUAGUGCUGGUGCAAGUUCUAAAGUACCUAGAGAACAAGAAUAUAACGCCAAAGCUUCAAUCAGGCUUUCGCAAAGCGCAUGGCACUGAAACGGCACUCCUCAAAGUUACAGACGAUCUGACGGAGGCAUCGGAUAUGGGGCUUAGCUCCAUUAUGGUGCUCCUAGACUAUUCGCGAGCAUUUGACUGUUUGGAGCCUAAAUUGCUUCUAUCUAAACUGCAGCAUUAUCGUUUCUCAAAAAACACAUGUCAAUGGUUUCACUCAUUUCUUAACGGCAGAGAACAAUCCGUUAUAGUUGAAAGCAAAGACGGUCUUAAGAGAUCUUCCACUUCUAAAUCCAUCCUACGCGGUGUACCUCAAGGUUCGCUGUUAAGUCCAACUCUUUUUACAAUUUUUACAGCUGAUUUACCUACACAAAUAAAACACUGCAAGUACCACCUUUACGCUGACGACACUCAACUGUACUACUCCUUCGACAGCAAAAAGACAGAAGAAGCCGCUGCCAAAAUCAAUGAGGACCUAAGGAACGUUUACUCAUGGUCUCAAAAAAAUUCUUUACUUCUUAACCCAAAUAAGUCUCAGAUGGUAUUCUUUGGGACCAAAAACCAAAUAAAAAAAGCGGAAGACUUAGAAACGCAAAUAAACAUCAACAAUGUACCAAUUCAUAGAGUGGCAUGUGCACGUAAUUUGGGUCUAAUGAUGGACGAGGAACAGAACUGUAAGGGCUAUACAAAGAGUGCAAAAUGCAAGUGUUCGGUUUUGCUACAAUGUGCCAAGAAGGGAAUAUAUCACCCCAUAUCUGAACAGGAAAGGCAUACUAAACAUGGAAGCAAGAAGAGAGCUGCAUUAUGCCUGUACUGUACACAAAGUGAUCUGGACUAA